AUUGAAACAAUCUCUUUUGAUAAUCAAGUUGAACAAGAUUUUUAUAAUCAAGAAGAAUUUAAUGAACAAGAUAUUUUAAAUAAUUCUAUUUUAGAUGAAUCUAUUUUAGAAGAAUCAAUUUCAGAUAAACCUAUUUUAAGUAAUAAACAAAUAGAUAAGUUUAAAAAAAUUUAUUCAAAAGAUAAAAUUAAAGAUAUUGAAAAUAAUGAUUUAAUCCAAAAUAUUACAAAAAAUUUAGAUAAAAAAAAUAAAGAAGCUCAAUAUAAAAAAUUACAACUAAAAUAUGUU